CGCUUCGUGCCGGAAGUCUGCGUAAAGCCUCGGUUUCAGCGUCGACGUUUUUUUUUAUUUUUUUAUUUUUUUUUUCACCUCACUUGUUCUUUUUUUUCUCAACCUCGACUAUUUUCCUUUUUUUUCCUCCCUUCUUUUUUUUCCUCCGCGGACUCUCCGCCAGCAGAAGCGCCUCAAUCGAGCUUUAACGGCUGUAACGUUUAACACGACACGGUGUGGACACAUCGCCGAGUCGACGACCGAGACGGUUUUUGAGAAGAAAUAAACCGAUAUUUUACAGUCUCCCACUCUUUAAUGAUCCAUGAACCAAUUCAAAAGCAAACCAAAAACACCUUAUUCUUGUCCUUAUACCACAUUUUGCCCGGCUUGACACGGAAAAAGUAGUGGUUUUUUUGAGCUCUGCUCGCCGAGCCCGCCAAACUAGAAACGACAACAGGCUGUUCGGAGCCGUACCGGUCAGAUUAAUGGCAUAAAACCAGUCACGGAAGGAAUGAUGGAGGACUCCCAUUUUAACUCCUACUUCUGGUCCCCAGUGCCAGGACAGUUUGAGAAUGCUGUGUUUCUAAACAAGGUCAAAGAGCAGCUGGGACAGGACAAAAACCCCGCCUACCCACAUGGCUCCACCCACUACCCCACCACAGCGGUGGUGGCGGUCACCGGCGGCGUUGCCAUGGACUCAGUGGCCAGCGGUCGGGCACUGAAACAAGAACAGCCGCAUCAGCCCCAGUCCUCUCACAGCAUCACCGUGCUACCAGUUCCAUCUACUGGAAUCAUGACAGCAGCGGGUUUGGUCACUCUAGUCUCUCCGGUUUCCUCCGCUCCGUCUCUCAUCCCUGGACAUCCUACGACUACGAUGAUAACGUUACACACAGCAGAUAAGAAGGAGGAGGCCGUGUCCUGCCCCCCCAUCGUCAUACCGAUACCAUCGAAACGAGGCAGGAAGAAGAAAUCCACCAUACCGCUGGUGGCUUCAGCCACAGGAAGUGACACACUGAUGCUCAGUCAUCUGCCUGGACAGCACCAUCCUGCUGAAUUCCACGACCUCUCUACAGAAGAAGGCCACGCUGGGAAGGAGAAAACGUACAGGUGCCGGAUGUGCGGCCUGACGUUCUGCAAUAAGUCAGACAUGCAGCUGCACUCCAAGUCUCACACGGAGGUGAAGGCGCACCAGUGUCCGCACUGCUCCAAAUCCUUCGCUAACUCCAGCUACCUGGCGCAGCACAGCCGCAUCCACAGCGGCGCUAAGCCCUACGUCUGCUCCUACUGCCAGAAGGCGUUCAGGCAGCUCAGUCACUUACAGCAGCACACACGAAACCACACUGAAUCCAAACCCCAUAAGUGUCCUCACUGCUCAAAGACGUUUGCUAACACCAGUUACUUGGCCCAGCACGUGCGAAUCCACACGGGGGUGAAGCCCUACACCUGCUCCUACUGCCAAAAAAGCUUCAGGCAGCUCAGCCACCUACAGCAGCAUCACAGAAUCCACACGGGAGACCGGCCCUAUAAGUGUGCCCACCCAGGCUGUGAGAAAGCCUUCACUCAACUGUCAAACCUUCAGUCUCACCGCCGUCAGCACAACAAAGACAAGCCAUACAAGUGCCACCACUGUAACCGUGGCUAUGUUGACGCAGCAAGUCUUGAGGUUCAUCUGUCGACACACACGGUGAAACAUGCCAAGCUCUACUCCUGUGGCCUAUGCAAUCGCACCUACACUUCGCAAUUGCCCUGUCCACCCGCCCACCAGGAGACAUACUUGAUGAAGCACAUGCAUAAACACUCACCAGACUUGGUGCCCACUCCGCCAGUGCCAGCAGCAGCCCAGCAGAGCCACAGUCCCGGCCAGGCUGCGGAAGGAGCUUCAGCAGGAGGCGUUCAGAACCGGCCUGAGAGGACCGACGCCUACCCUCCGCCGGAGGGCGUCCCGUGCGUUUUCGACCUGCACCAGUACAAACCAGUGGCGUCGGCGGACAUCCAGUAUAAAACGGUCAGCGUGGCUGACCUCUCCCCUCACAAAGACCUUUGCACCACCGUAGAAACCUCAGCCAUACAGGUGGAACACCUCAAUUCAUGAGGCAGGACAGACCUGGAGUGGAGCAGAGAUGACGAACACACAGACUGUAUAAAUGGAACCUGCGUGAAAGGAAUUUCCUUACAAGGCCUGCUUUAGCGUUCCAAGAAACAAGCAAUGUCGGAAGAUUUUUUUUUUUAUUAAUUUUUUUUCUUCACACAAAUAUCCUGAUCUUCCUCUCUAAAGAGGACUUUCACCCAGUUUUUAAAAUAAACAAAGUAAGAUCAGAAUGGUUUGAUGUGGCGGUGACAGGAACCAGGGGUCAUGAUGGCCAGUUAAAUUUUUAUGCGUAACAUUGACGGUAAAACAGUUGGAAAUCUAAGGAAUACGUUUUCUCAGAGGACGGUUCUUCCUAACUAUGACAUGCGUUGAUUUUUUUUAAAACACAUUUUAGGCCAGAAACCUUGCAAAACUGUCAAAAACAAUGUCUUGACGUCAGACAGCGUAGUUAUAACCAUUAACGACUUUAUUGUGAGGGAGCUUUUAGAGAAGAGACGUCUGGUUUCUAUCACCACCACUGCGAACAGUCUCACACCAAACCACCCUGAACGACUUUGUUUACACCUUAACUGUUUCAUUAUACAGGCAUUUUGAAAAAUAGUUUUUUGUUCAAAGACCUGUCUGUUUCCAUGACUACACAGGUCACUUCCAGUCUAUGACCAGACCUUUGAAAGUUUUUUUUAUUUUUUUUUAUUUUAUUUUAUUUAAUUUAGUACUUCAGUCUUCUGUAGAUAUUUCUAUCUACUGUUAUUACACUAUGACCUCUAUAUUUGCUGUUGUCAGACAAUAUGUAUGAACAUCUUUGAUAUGUUGCGCAAUAUGCAUGUGGUCCUGUCGAUUUAUAUAUAAAAAAAAAGGGAAAUCCGUUUUCAGUCAUGCUGAUAACAAAGUAAUUAUAUCCGGAUAUCUAGUAUAUCGUGUGUAUGUGUGCGAGUUAAAGAAAUUAAUGGUACAAAAAAGCGGUUUCAGCGCCAGCCAGUCCUCGAGUCCUUGACACGAACAAUCAUCCUCACUAUUCAUUUGUGCAAAUGAUGAUGCACUCACUAUAGUUAUGCUACCACUACUUCAUCUUAGUAUUAACACCUCUUGUGAUGGACCCAGAGCCUCAUUAAUAGACAUUAAUAAGAUCAAAAUAGAGUGCAUUAUUCCCCUUUUUCAAAAUGAAAAUAAAAACAAUUAUGAACAUAUUUA